AUAACGAGCCUUAUGAACCCAGCCAAGAUACAAGAAGACAAGUCAAAAAUAGCCUCAAGAAGUAAACGAUUAGUAAUCACGUUAUUUUUUCUCAAUGUGCCAUAAGGUGAGGUAGAUGCGAAGCUGAUUCUUAGAAGUGGCCACAUUGGACUACAAGGAGUAGAUUCUGCCACUCAUAAUCCAGGAUAUGUUCCCCAACUCAGAAGUGACUUGGUGGAGGAGCCCAGUAACAUGGACAUGAAGAAAGAUGAAGAAAAGGAUUCUGUAAAACCCGUUCAAGAAGCGGAUAAGGAAAAAGAUAAAGUAGAAGAAGUAAAUCCUGACCAAGGUAAUAGAGCUCAAGUUGGAUUACGUAGCGAUUUGCCAGAAUAUGUGGAAAUUGGUCACAUGCAGAAUCGCCCACCAAGCGCCUGGGAAUCAUGGAGAUACCAGCCCAAACGUGUUCGUUCAGUCAUCAUCGAAGAAACUGAUGCCAAGCCGACUGGUAUUGUAGAGUCCCCUGAAGCCCCUGCAUCUACCGCUAGAACGCCAGAACUUGAGAAGUUGGACCCUAAGCCAGCCACUAUUGUAGAGACACCAGAGGCACCUACUUCCAACUCCAAACCAGAGAACGAACCAGAGAAACCAGAGAUACCAGAGAAACUUGAGAACGCAGAACCUAUUGCAGACAACAAAGAGCAACUCAGAUAUGGAUAUUUGAUCCCGACUUACAACUACUACGGAAAUAGAUACCCGAUUCGUCUCAACCCUUCGUACCAAUCAGCCUCAGCCGUAGCACAAAAUGCCCCAGGAAUUAACUUCGCAGCAUCAUCAGCGAACGCCCAAGGCUUCGGCAAUGGCGCUGCUAUAUCUCAAGCUGUGAACUACGGUGGACUACAGUCGGCUGUGUCUAGUGCUAACAACAACCAGGGUUCCGCCAUCGCCGCUGCUCAGAACUACGGAAGACAGUCGUCAAGUGUUGCCCAGGCUUACAACAAUCGUGGUCGCGUUAGGUACGUUGCCCCUCAGUACCAAAGUGCGAGUGCUUUUGCCGCCAACCACAACUGAUCAAACUAAAAUAUGUAGGUACUGUUUUUGAAAUUGUAUAGAAUUGAAAA